CCCUUCCUCCCUCCUCCUUCUCUCGGGCAGCGGUGGCGGCUGCAGCGGGGCCGCGCGGAGCCGUCUCCUCCCGCUCGCCAGGGCCCCCAGGCCGCGCUCCCAGCCGGAUAUGGCUCGUGGACAGCAGAAGAUUCAGUCGCAGCAGAAAAAUGCCAAAAAGCAAGCUGAGCAAAAAAAGAAGCAAGGGCAUGAUCAGAAGGCUGCAGCCAAGGCUGCCUUGAUAUAUACCUGCACUGUCUGUAGGACACAAAUGCCGGAUCCCAAGACCUUCAAACAGCACUUUGAAAGCAAACAUCCUAAGACUCCACUUCCUCCAGAACUGGCUGAUGUUCAGGCAUAAAGAUAUCUACAGGUCAUUACUUUUAUCAGAUAAUCAUUUAAAAAUUAAGGUGAAAUCAUGGCACCUAUUGACUCUUCUACUGUCAGACCUUACAUAACAAACCUGCAGCUGCUUUUCUAAAACUGUUGAUCAGCAAAAAUGAAGGGGCUACAGAAACAUUCAUAUUUUUAUGCUGUUCCCUCUUGGGCUUCAUGCAAAGACAAUUGUGGAGAUGUACAGUUGUGCCCUCUUUGGAAAUCCUGAAAAAUCAGUCCAUACUUGUUAUAAAAACAAAAAAUUUUUUACAAUUGUAAUUAUAUUGAUGUUCAUAUUGUGUAAAAUAACUCAUUUAAUAAAGUAGUACUUUGAUUUUACAAUAUCACAGAUUAAAUGCUUGUAGAAGUUCUGUUUUAACUUUCUGCAUUAUCUGCCUUAUAAAACAAUAAAAGACAAAGUGGAAUCUUCCCCAUCCUGCUAAAACACGAGCAGUAUCAUUCCACUGAAAGUAAUGUACAUUACAGUAAAUUAAUUCUAACGUGAGAGGGAAGCUGCUCAGAUUGACUGUUCGGUGUGGUGCCUGCUUGAGCUCAGUCACUAAUGUUCCAGUUACUGACUCAAGGGGCGCAGCAAGCUCCCGAGAGGCUGCAAUAGUAUUGUGAGACUUUGUUCUACGGUUUUGUCCUGUGUAUUGGAGUCAAUUUCUACAAGCCAUUUCAAAUGGGAUUCCUGUGCUGUGAGGGCUUGAGCUGGUUCCCUAGAGUCUUGCACUGGAGAGACUCUGGUGAUCCCUAAUAGUUGGUAGUUGGCCGAGGAAGCUGGGAGGUGGUAAAGUUUAAUGCUUUUGUGUAUGCUGGCUUAAAAGAUGCUCGCAAAUAUUAGUUUAAAAACAAUUCUGCUCUUAGUUGAAAAUUUAAUUUGAGAAGAGUACUGAAGUUACUCGAGCAGUCAGCCACAAGUGUUCACUCACAAAUGCAUCUGGUUAUUUUAGUAGCGGCUCUUGAAGAAAUACAUAAAAUAGCCAGCCAUUAAUAACCUUUCUUUGCAACGAGCCUAAAAUAAGCCUGUUGGAAAAGAGCCGAAAUAACUGAAAUGAUAUGGCUAGCUUAAGAAAUUGCAUGUGAUUAAAGAUGCAUUGACAAGAAAAAGCUGGAUAAUAGCUCUCCGGCCAAGAGCAUUUGAGAAGCUAAACAUAAUUAGCCUUUAAGUGUUCUGGGCUCAGUUCUAAUCCCAGAUGUACGGUGCAGAAGUAGUGGAAAAACAUCAGAUUUGUUCUGGAGGAUCUGCUAUACAAAAAAACCAACCUAUCUUUGGCAUUUGGAGGGGGCUUAUUUAAGAGCUAUCAUCUGGAACUCACAGUAAGAAGCACCACUAGAAUUGCUGUGAUUUAUUGCGGUUACAAGAGAUGUAAAAACUCUGGCAGUCCGAGUAACCCUUGCUACACAGCAGGACUGUACAUCUGACCUUCACAUGGCUUCCUAAAGUCUAGGACCAUAGUCUCAAAGACUCAUUCACUUAAAAGAAUGCACUUGGUAUUUUAUUAUAUAAAGUCAAAGCCUUUGUCUUCGUCCACUCAUUUGCUUUUUAAUGAACUACUUCUGUGAGACUAGCUUCCUGUCCUCUUUGCUGUGACAGUUUCUGUGUAAAUACUUAUUUUGACAUGAAGUUUCUCUGUAUUAUAGUCACUCCAGGCUAACCUGAAUACCACUUUUAUAAUGUUGUUCUCCUCUGCGAGUAAUCCACUACUGCACUUGUACACCUGACAUCAGAAUGUAACCCUUCAUUUGAUUUUCUUUGUUGUUAUCAAUAAGUAUAUCCUGACAAACUGGUUCCCACAGAGUAAGAGAUCUGCUGUAUGGAGGAGAGGUACUUUAAUGUUCUGAUGCUGUAGUCUGUCUGAAAUACACCAAGUGCAAAUGGAUACAAAUGUUUCUUGCACUGUUUGGUAAUUGGUAAUCUGGUUUUACUCUGGAAAAUGUUCUGGGAUGUAUCCCUAUAGUUUCAUCUUGAGGUGAAGUACAUGUUCUAUUCUUUCAAUUCAAAUUGUGUAGCAUUAAAUAAAAGGAUUUUGUUUUAUAAGCACACUCAAUUAAUGAGCGUUCAAAAGCUGGAAAGUUGCAUCAGUAGCAAGAUGGUGAAGUUAGAAUUGUAUUUUCAAGACUGUAUGAUGCUCAAUUAGAAAACACCUUAUGAAGUAAUGUUCUUUCUGUGUAGCUUCUAGAAGGCAAGAGCGAUCCUCAGUCAUUAGGACCCCUCGUUACAGUAGCUGCAGUCUCAAAUACAGGAACAAGUGAAAUCUACAACUGAACUGUUUUAAAGGCUUUAUGAGUGUAGUGGGGAUGCUCUACUAAAUGAGGGAAUAGUUCUUAUUUAGGAUAUCUGUGAUAUUCUUUUUACCUAAAAAAUCAGAGGAAGGACUAGGAGCCCUUCACCUUUUCCUGAUCUGAAGAAUGGCACCCUGUUAUCUGGCUAAAGACACAGUUGUGCAUUGUAAUGUGUCUGAUUAAAGAUAAUAAAAAUGAAAUGUAAAAUGUCA